UACUUAACCUGAUUCUUAAUGCAUUUGUAGGGAAGUUUCUUGAUAGAUGAUUGUUUAAGGGGUGACAUUUAUCUAUCCUUCAUGCCAUGUUUUUAGACUCACAUGUCCUACUCUACCACCAAUCUGGCUUUGCACACUAUUAAGUCAUUAUCAAGUAGAUUCCACUAUAAUUUAUGUGCUCAAGUUCAAUUUGUGCAGGGUGUCAUAUGCUCAGCAUUUGGGGUCUAUGUAAAAGCGUGGUGUAUACAGAAAAAGGGAGAUGUCUUUACAGGGGUGUUCAGCCCACUGUGCACAGUAUCAACAGUUCUACUGGAAUAUCUCCUGCUCCAUGUCUCACUUUAUUUGGGAAGGCGUUUGGUAUGGGCUUUUUUAGCCAGAAAAUUGUCACCCAUUGGAAAAGUGGCCUUCUGGCGGGGUUUUGUGGUGAACAGAGAGCGGGUUUUUUUUGGACAAUGUGGGCUAUCGGACGGUCGGCUUGCGGUGGGGUUUUCCGGCAUAGCUAAAUUGUUUGAAGAUGGAGGCAAGUUGUUCACGGGUGACACGAGUGGACUAUGUGGUACAUUAUGGUGGCAAAGCGUUUUUGAAUGAUUAUUAUGCAUUGAAUGUAAUUAAUAGCUUGGCAUGUUGUAUUGGUUUCGAAAUGGUAAGUCUUAUUUUGGUAUUUGGUAGUCAUCUUUGGUGCCUACAAAGAGUUAUGUUUUACGGCGAGCAGGGUUUACAAAGCACACUAUAGAGGUUGUUUUUUGCAUGAGGUUGUGCGGGUGGGAUAUUUACUGCCACUAUCGGUAUUGAGUUAUUGUAUUUGCAAAGACAUUGUUUUAUGUUAUUUGUUCAUUCUCUGUGUG